AAAAAACAGUUUUGGUUUUUGUUGGGUGUUUAAUUCUAGGUUUCUUUCUAUUCUACAUGUUCGGGCGUUUGGCGGAAAUAUUACAAUUUUCGCGGAAUAAUUUUUUCGACUUUAUCAAUGAAAUUAAUUCUCCAUCUUCCGCCUGAAAAGUAAAAAAGUAAAAAGUUCGAUUUCAAAUUUUUUUUUUUUUAUUGUUUAUUUUUCGUUUUUUUGGCUAAUAAUUAGACUGGAAGAACUUCCGGUUCGUAAUUUGUGUGUGUCCUUGGGAAGGUUGAAGGUCUGUACAACGAGCCUAGCGAUUUGAAACGAAAAGAAUGUUGGGGAUGAGCUUUUGAAUCAAAAUUCAAACAAGUUGGGGGAUUACUUGAAGAAGAAGAAGAAGAAGAAGAAGAAGAAAGAUGAAGCGCAAACGUGGGCAUAAGAAAGGGAAGGCCAAGGGGAGCUCUGUCUCAGGUGGUGUUAGUCUAAAAAUGGAGAGCGAUUCGUGUUUGGAUAACGACAAUAAUAAUAAUAAUAAUGAAUCUGGAAUGGAGGUUGACACCCCUUCUUCCACGGGUACUGCUACUGAUCGCGCUCCUUAUAACGUUGCCAAUAUUAAUCCCGACGGCUCCAUUGAUAGAGAUAGAGAUAGAACAGGCUUGGAGAAGCCAGUUGGGCGUGUUAAAGUCAAGCUUCGAACUCCGAAAACCACCGUUGGCUCUCAGCUCACUUCUUCCGAUGCACCCACACAUAGCGAUACUGAUAAGAGUAGCCCCCAUUUGCAAAUGGGUUCCGAAAGACACACUGCGGUUGCUGAAAAAAUGGAAGAUAGUGCCAAUUCGUUACCUCAAUUUAAAGUGUAUACAUCUGGGAAUUUAUCCAAGAAAGCUGGGAGCAUAAAGAUUAAAUCUUCCAAGGUUUCUGGGUCAACUGCUAACCAAACAAAGGGCGACAGUCCUCGCCACACAGAACCAAAGUUGCCUCAUCAGGAUCCUCGAUUUGAUAAGCAAGAAUUAGAUACUUGCUUGAUGGUGAUAAAGAAGGUAAUGAAAAUGGAUGCUGCUGAACCCUUUAAUGUCCCUGUGAAUCCCGUUGCUCUGGGAAUACCUGAUUAUUUUGAUGUGAUAGAUACACCAAUGGAUUUUGGGACAAUAUGUAGCAAUCUUGAAAAGGGUGUUAAGUAUGCAAAUUCUGAGGAUGUUUUCAAAGAUGUACAAUACAUUUGGGAUAAUUGUUACAAGUAUAACAACAAGGGUGACUACAUCUUGGACCUUAUGAGGAGGGUAAAGAAGAAUUUUACAAAGUAUUGGACAGCAGCUGGUUUGUAUAGUGGACAACCAAGAGGAGCUAAUGCAUUGUUAAUCUCCCUCAUGUCAGGUGUUGAUAACAUUCAGGAGAAUGCUGGAGUAUCCAGUAAGGGAAAAGUAUACAUAAAAGGUGGUCAGUCAAAGAAGAUGGCACGAAAAGGUCAUGGAAGGCGCCAUAAAUUCGAUUGUUUGUGUGCUAUCUGUGUUCUAAAGCGGCGUAGAAGAGAGCGUGAGGAAAAUGAUCGAAUUGCUAAAAGCCAAACUGGAGCUGAUGAUAACAAACUUGGUCGGGAUUUGAAGCAAGAGGAAUCUUCACUCGUGGAGAGUCCUUCUGGUGAUAAUUCUUCAUCAAAUAUGGAUGAAUCUUCAGUAGACCCAAAUGAAGAUGCUGAAGUGGAACAAAAAGGAGAAGUGAAAAAGGAGGAAUCUGAGCAGCAUUAUGGCUCUUUGGCAGAGAAGGAAGAGGAGGAAGAAGAGGAGGAUGAGGAAGAAGGGGAAGAGGGGGAUGAAGAGGAAGAUAAUGAAAUAGAGAUGAAAAAUGAAGACAACAAUGAAAGACUAGAGCAGCAAGAAAAAUCAAGGGAGGAGCCUAAUUGUCAAUCUCAGUUAACAAUGGCAGAUAAGAUAGCUGGAAUCCAAACUGAUACUCACAAAAAUGAUACAUUACUUGGGCAUGAGGAAGGAAGUGUAGCAGAUCAAAGAAAGAAGCAUAAGGAAUGGCGAGAAAGGCAUGAGAAAGUUAAAUCAGAGAAGUUGCAUUUUGAAAAUCCUAUGCUUUUAGAUUUAUGUGGAAUUCUAUUCCCCGAUAAGUGCAAGUCUAAGUCCAUAUGGAGUGGGCCCCAUUCAUUGGUUCGGAAUCAGAGUACAACUCGUGCUAGUUCUGUUCAUGCAGCCAUUAAUGUGCUUAUGAAGUAGCUCCUGACUGAUGCAAGGUAAUGCAUAUCCAGUUUAGAGAUUGAACACAAGGGAUGUGGGCUAGCUUAAUAAUUGCCAGUCUAAAACUUAUUGCGGAGGUAUGUAGGUGAAUUAGAUGCUUACCCAAUAAUUUGUACUUUUGCAAAGUCUUUUAUCUUUUUAACUUUAGAUAUAUGCUAUCAUGAUAUUUUAUAUAAUAUUCAUUUUGUAGCCAGAUUUUUUCA